AUUAUCCUAAACCUUAGGCGCAAGUUAGUUUAAUUUGGGUCCUUAUAAUAGCCAUUAAUGGCGAUUCCAAUUGUCCUGUAGAAUCCAAGUUAAUAAUACUUACAGAAAGAGACCCAGUAUUCAAUGAUGUACCAAGCUAGAACAAGGAAAAGGGUUUUUGGUAUCCAAAUACAUCGUGGUCCUGAUGGCAGUGCUUUUCAAAAAUGUGAAACAUGUGGUAUCUCAGUGGCUAUUGCGUUGGCUGACAUGCAUGAAUGUGAACCCAGAAAGGAUGUAAAGAAAUUGAAAUGCCAACCCAGGAGCAGAAACAUUGUUAAGGAGAAGACCCUUAUUCAUCAACCCAGAUCGGCUUUUCGAAUUUUCAUGGAGGAUUUUGUGAAGAAAAAUAUCGACGAAAAUGAGUUUGAAGUAGAUAACAGAGGUUUUGAGACGUGGAAAAACAUGACACGUAAGGAGAAGUUUUUGUACUUCAUGAAAGCCGAGACAAUUAAUCUUGCACAUGUGAAACUUUUGCACAGAGAGGAGAAUGAUAUGCCAUGGAGGGUGGAUGAUGAGGCAGAUUCAGCUGAUGUUGGCAAGUAUGAUGAGAAUUAUGAAGACUAUGAUUAUUAUGAUUCUGAAUCUUCUUGGGAUUUGAUUGAUUUUGGCCUGAGGUAGACAAGAGCUUUGACACCAGUGAGAGGGAGGGUUUGUUCCCGUGUAAAAUCUUGAGGAUUGAACAUCAUUUUGAUUUUUGAGGUGGUUCCAUGCUUUGGACUAAUGGAACCUUUAUGUCAAUGGCUGGCAUCUGUUUUUGUGCAGAAGCCUUGCCGAUUCCUACCUUAUUGAAGGCAACUCAGGUUGGUUGGCUACUGCGCGUAGUAUUUGUUACUA